GAGUAUGUCAGUCAGUGACCAACCAGCGGGUCUUAGUUGACUGUGUCUAAAAAUGUUUUCUUUAUGAAAAGGUGAUGAAACGGUGUUUGAAAUGCAUUUGAAACUCAAAACAAGCAUAAUACAAAGAAAAUGACAAUAGUGAAGCGAAACAACCUUGUUACAGUGUUAUGUAUGUGAGAACCCUUGUGUUGUGUUACUCUGACCAAGUGACAUGAUUAUUUUGGGAAGUUUCACGCGUGGCCUUAAUAGUGCGUGGCAUGCGUCGUGUAACAGGUGGGGAGUAACGAAUAGUAGCCGUAGAUAGUAGACGAGGAACUAAGGAACAGCUAGUCAAGUGGGGACGGCUGGCGACGGCUGUCCUGGCAGUGAAACAACUAUGAGCACUUGCAGUGAGAGGAUGGCGGGGGAGAAUGUGUGGAACAGAAUACAGAAAUCGUCCCCACUCAAGUUUCCAAGCAAGUUCAAGCCUUCCUCGUCCAUCAAGGCCAAGGCAUCCCCGACCCUCAGCUCCAAAGUGUCCUCCUCCCCCCGCAGCGACAGUACAGCCUCGCCAGGCAGCACGGGGCCCUCGCCCCUCCCCGUCCAGGACCCCUCGCUGCUCAAGUUGGUCACAGUUGAGUUCUGCGAUUACACGGGGUCGUUCACGGUGGUGGGCCACGACCAAGCCUCCAGGACCGAGUACGUCAGGACGCAACUCAAGCAAAUGAGGGAACGAGCCAAGAGCAAACCUGUACUCCUCGUCAUCUCCCUCGCCGGUGUGAAGGUGUGCAGUCCCGAUGGAAAGACGGUGUACAUGGCCCACGCCCUGAGGAGGAUCAGCUACGCCACAUGUGACCCUGAGAACCGACAAUUCAGCUUCCUGGCGCGGGAACCCAAGGGUCACUUCUCCCUGCAGUACUGCCACGCCUUCCUCACCCACACGCCCGACCAGCGUAUAAAGUAACCUCGUUCCUGGAUUUCACCUUCACCUCCCCCGCAAUGCGCCAAGAGACUGGGAAAGUAUCCGCUGAAGCAGAGGAACCCGUGCUUGUCGAAUCCUUUCCUCUCUCAGUAUCAAAGCAGGGAAGAAAUGCGUAAAGAUGAUGUGAAUCGAUAAGGAGCAAAGUGAAGGAAAAUAUGAAAGGCAUUAAAAAGGAGAGAGAGUAGAGAAGAUAGAAGAUGGAAACAUUGGCACUUUGACCCUGCCUGGAAUGCUGCUUCUCCUCUUCGCUAUUCUUCCUACCCUGCCUUCCUAUGUUCUUCCUCCCACUCAUUUUUUUUUCCUCCAACAACUCCUCCUUCCUCUCCUUUAGCACUCGUCAUCUCUACUCUUUCACUUUUCGCUCAUUUUCUGCUUUCCUGCCCAACUUGGUUUUGGGAGUAAGAAUGUAGCGAAGAUAUUUGAUAAUGAUCCUUAGUUCGAAUAUUUAAAGAUCAAUAUGUAUUAACUCACCUUUUAUUGCUAAUAAUGUUGGUGCCGAUGAUGUUUAUGUACAAUAAAAGCGGCUGUAUAAUUCCUGCAGGUACAAAUUGCACAAGCAUCGAACUCAGUACCAAUAUAUUUUACGGAAUA